UGCUUAAUGUUUUUGAUAGUUGCCAAGCAUGUGUACAUCAUGUACCAUCCGUACAUCUCAAGACAUAUAAAUUAAUUAAUAAGCUGUAUAAAUUAUUUUAUAAUUAUCUAUUUUAAUUGCACCUUAAGAGAAAAAUAAAAACGGUCAAGUUGUGGCUUGUGCCAAGCUGAGAAAGUAUUUAAUUUGAACAAUACACAAAAUUAGUGGAACUAUAAGGAAUCUCUAUAGGAUUGUAUUAUGCAAAACAAGUAUGAACUACUCGGGGAAAUUACAUUGUAUGGAGACCAUACUGUACGUUCAAAUGUCAAAUUACUAUGCAGUCGUCUUUUAGCUAAACAUAGUACUAGGUUUACAUUUGAUGAACAAUUUACUGGAUCAUCACAUGAAUCAAACGCAAUUGACGAAAGAUCAUCAGAUGAUUUUAAUACAACGGGUUCUAUAGAAUCAUUAUUAGAAAAUAGCACUGAUUCAGACCAGAAUAAUAAAAACAUAGAUUUUAAAUCAUCCAGUUCCAUCUCGUCAACGGAUAUUUGUUUGAAUAUAUUUGAAAAUCAUUUUAACAUAAAUGAACAAAAUGCUGUACAAAAAUCGGAAUCCUGUGAAGAGAGUGCAUUAAAACUAAAUCAAGAAGAACAACAGCAUUAUGAAAACACUGAGAAUGAUAAUUAUUAUGAUGAAUGGUAUGCUUAUUGGGAAAAAUACGGUGAUGAGUUUGUUAAUGAAACAUGGAUAAAACAGUAUGGCAGUUGUACAACAGAUGACUUGGAUAUGGAUGUUGAACAACUGUACCUAAAUCAUAAGCAACAACAAUAUAAUAUACUGUAUUGGAAGUUUAUGGAAGAUAAAGCCUGGAGUUUAAUUAACAUAGAGAAAUCAAAAAAUGAAAACCUAGAUGAAGUGGACCAGACUUCUAAUUCAAGUUAUAACAAGAAGAAGAUUAGAAAUAAAAAUGAUAAUUCUUUAAAUUUUGAUUUUAUUUUCAAAUAUAAACAUUUCCCUGAUCUCAAUUCUAAGCUUGUGGAAGGUUACAGAGCAUUGAGUAUAAUGGGAUUUGUUUAUAACGAUCAGUCUUUUUAUAAUUCUUCGUUUUGUCUAUAUCAUAAUAGACAUUUAAUAAAGUCUACUCGUCAUUUAAACAUUUAUCGAUUUCCAGAAAAGAAAACUGGACAUAAUGGCAAAAGUGUCCAUAUUGAAAACUUAGAUGGGAAAAAAUGUGUUUGCAGCAAUGAUAGUAGUACAGUUUGUGGUUGUCCGAUCACUAGUAAUAAUUUGAGUAAAAAAUCAAUUAAAAAAGAAAAUAGAAAAAAAUAUUUGGAAGACAAUUCGGAAAAGGAACUAGAAAAGUUUGGCUACAGUGACUUGCGAAAUAAUCCAAAAUUGUUAAAAUAUUGGAAAAAAAGAUAUACUCUGUUUUCAAAAUUCGCUAAAGGAAUACGAUUAGAUGAAGAGAGUUGGUAUUCUGUAACACCUGAAGUGAUAAGCCGACAUAUAGCCGAACGCUGUAGUUGUUAUUUACUUAUUGAUCCGUUUUGUGGAGCCGGAGGAAAUAUUAUACAAUUUGCAAUGACAUGUGAACUUGUUAUAGCAAUUGAUAAAGAUCCUAAGAAAAUCGAAAUAGCUCGCCAUAACGCAGAGGUAUAUGGAGUUGCUGAUCGAAUUGAAUUUAUUAUUGGUGAUUUUUUCGACUUGGCUCCAACAUUGAAAGGCGAUGUAGUUUUCUUAUCACCUCCCUGGGGCGGACCCGAGCUUAUGAACCAGGAAGAGUUCAACUUGUCAAACAUAAUGCCCGAGUACGGUGGUGGAGACAACUUAUUGUCAGUCGCUAAACAAAUCACUUCAGACAUUGCACUACACUUACCAAAAAACACAAAUAUUUUUGACUGCAUAAGUUCGUCCUACGGUGGCUGGAUAGAACUUCAGCAAAAUGUUCUCAAUUCGAGAUAUAACUCAUUGACUGUUUAUUAUGGCGAGUUGUAUGGGCUCUGCGAUGAAACCACAGUAAACUAUUGUGACGAAGAAGAUUUUUUUUAAAAACAUACAAAUAUAUAAGUAUAUUUAUAUUGUUAAAAUGUAUUUUACCAAUGUAUUUUUAUAACUCGACACCUUAGCUUAACUAGUUUUAAAUUAUCGAUUAAAAGAACUAAAACAGUUUUUAUUUUUAGUACCGAAUUGUUAAAAAAUUAAAAUGAUCCAUUUCAAGUAUAAAUUAUAAAAGUUAUGUCAACAUUUUUGUGCAAUGACAAAGCUUUUUGGUAUCUGCCGUUUCACUAUAACCAUUUCUUUUGUAUAGGUAUUUGUUUUUGAUUAUAUAAUUUUGUAUACAAUUAAAAUAUUUAGAAAACUUCAUUAGAAUAAUAAUUGUUAUGAUGAUAAGUUAUGUAACUAUAAAUAUUAGUCGUUACAUAUUAUGUAUUAUGUAUUAAGGCCCAACCGUAAGGAUACCGACUGUUUUCUUCAGCCAAAACACAUCACUUUUUGUCCAUCGCACAGGCCGAACCAGUGAUCCAAUACGCAAAUUGCCCAUACAAAACUCCUUAAAAAUGGUCGGUAUCCAGGGGCCUUAACAAAAAUAUUAAUUAUUAUGUACCCAACAUUUUGGUUUAUAUUAUUAAUGUUCUAGUAGUAGAUUGAUUUUGACUGUUUUAUUAAAUAUUUUAUUGUUAUAAUCUUGUAAAACUUAAUGUUCCAGCACAUUAUAUAAAAAUUGUUUGUAUUGAAUAACUUAAUAAAUAGUGUA